CGGACUUGCUUCAUGGUGAGGCAUGACUGUAACAGUAUCUAUUGUCAUUUUUAAAUUUCGUGACUGGUAUAUGUUUAUAAAUAAGUAAUAAUAUCGUUUGUCACUUGUGACAAGUUACUUAAUUAUGUUAUAUUUUUGAAACAAUUACAUAAUAAAUCUGUACUUAUGAAAAUUCAAUCACAUUUUGGAGUACAACAAAAUGUGGUAUUUGUUAACCUCGACAGGAAAGCGCUUGUAUUUGCAGCCAACCAAGGAAGUAACAUUCGGUAGAAAGAAAAGCGACAUUCUUCUGCAAAAUGACGACUCUGUCAGCAGAUUACAUGCUACUAUAUGCGUCAAACCCAAAGAUAUAGUGAAGCCUAAUGAACCUAUAUCUGUGUGUGAAUUGAAAGAUAAUGGUUCUAAAUAUGGUACAUACAUUAUUUUGGACAACGAAGAAAAAAUUGAAGUCACUGAGGAAGGAUAUAAAUUAACGAAUGGAGAUAAUAUACGCUUCGGUUUACAGCAACAUGUUUUUACUGUUGUAUAUGUACCCCUAAUAACCAUUGUGUCCACCUUAAAUGACACUGAAAAACGAAAAUUGCAAGUUAUAUUUGAUCAAAUUGAUGGAAUGAUUUCUACCGAAUGGACAACCGUUUGUACUCAUUUAACAGUGUCAAAAGCUUCCUUAACAGAAAAGAUUGCGUGGGCUAUGGCUUCUGCGGUGCCAAUAGUAAGUCUGAAUUAUUGGACGGCAGUUAAACAUGCCGUUAGUAAUGGUAAAGAGCUCCCAAAUCCAACAGAUUUUGUUCCACCACUUACCGAGUCGUUAAUCGAUAAAGGUUUUGUAUCACUCUGUGUAAAUGAAAAACGGACGACACUGUUUCGUAAAUUAAUAUUUGUGUACUUCAGUGCACGCCAGUACAAAAUCUAUGGAAAAAUGGUUAACAUGGCAGGUGGUAAAUCUGUGUUAUACUCAAAGAAACCAUUGACCAUUAAAGAAAUCUGUGCACCUAAUGUUAUCGUGGUACAAUACUCUGAUGGUGAUACAACUCAAUCAACACAGGGCCUAGUACCUGAAUAUGAAACAAUAUAUAAUACAUUGAAAGCGAAUAAACGUAAUAUGAUAACGGAAAGUGAUAUUGUACUCGCCAUUUUACAUUGUUCCACAGAAAGGCAUUGCAAUCCAAAAUUUAAGUUUUACGAAUUGUUGAAUAGAUCGCAAUCAAAACCUGACUCCUCCAAUGUCUUAGCUUUUGACACGCAAGAUCUAACGUCCGAUGUGAAAAUACUACCAAAAGUAAUUUCUAAUGUUUUGGUAACAUCGAACGUGGUUACGGAAAAUGUGAUAAAGAAAGUUGGAAUCAUUCCUGAAUCAUGUAGUUCUCAUAACAUACUUCAAUCACUAGAUAUAAUGAAAUCUAGUUUGUCAAAAGGUAUUCAAAUUACAAAGAUCGCUACUGAUGAUAUUACAAUUGAAAGAUCUACAGAAAAAAUCAAAGAAAUACAUCCACAAAAAGCCGUGAGAGAUACUUCAGAAAUAAAUAACUCAUCUCAAACACAAGAUGUACCAAAAGCUAACACAUUCACAGCGACUCAAAAUACAAUUCUUAAUAUUAACGAUAAAAUUGAAAGGGUAAACAAAGUGUCUUUGCAAAAGGCUGUGAAAUGUAUUCCAGAAACAAAUGAUUUGUCUCAAUCACAAGACAUUAUCAGUACACCAAAAAUUAAUCAGAAUACGAAGAACACUCAUAAUAGUAAUAUUUCAAAUGAAAGUAAGUUGCCACAGGGGAUAAAAGAAGUACAGCCACAAAAAACAGUGCGAUGUAUUCCAGAAACAAAUGAUUUGUCUCAAUCACAAGACAUUAUCAGUACACCAAAAAUUAAUCAGAAUACGAAGAACACUCAAAAUAGUAAUAUUUCAAAUGAAAGUAAGUUGCCACAGCGGAUAAAAGAAGUACAUCCACAAAAAACAGUGCGAUGUAUUCCAGAAACUAAUGAUUCGUCUGAAUCGCAAGACAUUAUCGGAGCGCUAAAAAUUAACCAGAAUACAAAAAGCACUCACAAUAGUAAUAUUUCACUUGAAAAUAAAUUGUUACAGAAGAUGAAAGAAGUACAUUCACGAAGAACACUGCAAUGUAUUUCUGAAACUAAUGAUUCGUCCCAACUACUGGACACUAACGGAACACCAAACACGAGUCAGAGUACAAAGAACAGUGCUGGUGGUAACACUUCAAUUGAAAGAAAACCCGCACAGAGGGUAGAAGGAUUACAUUCACGAAUGUCUCAAAAGUGUAUUCCAGAAACGAAUGAAUUUUCUGUUCACAAAUCACAGGAUGUAAGAAAACAAAAUAGAAACUCACACGAAAAUGAUCACAUGGAAGAGUCAAUGAUAGCGAAUAAAGGAACAUCUUUAAAUGACGUAAUUAACUUAGCAGAUGAAGAUGACGACGAAGAAGAAGCAGAAAAUAAAAUGGAAGAGUUAUUGUUCAGUAAGCUAAAUGCCAGUCGCUAUCCUGAAAAUUUUUUGAAUCAGUCGAAAUUGGAUAAACUAGUUCAUGACAGUAGCGCUAGAACACACAGUCCAGAAUUAUAUGUAUCACAAUGGCUCGUAACUGAAAUGGACACCGAUGAUACUAAAAAGUCUAGAAAAAGAAGUAAUCCUUCUGAUGAAGAUGGUGAGACAUCGAUCAGGAAAAAAUUAUGUACUUCAGUCACUGAAAGUUCUGCAACGUUGUCGGAAACUAAAAAUUCAGCGCAUACUGUAAAGCCAUCACGAGCUGAAAAUCAUAAUUACUUACCACAGAAUGAUACCUCAUUAUCCAGUGAUGAAUUUGUUUGCAAACCAUUUAAGAAGGUUCCAAAUAAAUUUGUUGAGCAAAGGAUUACGUUCGAGAAGGCACUUACCUGGAAGCUGGUGACUCUAUCAAGCGAAUAAUGAAGAAUUUCUUACUAUGUUUGUAUAGUAAUAAGUUCCAUUCUAAUCUUCCUUUUGCAUUUUUGUACAAUAAAAAUUGUUUGAUAAGCGAAUCAAAAUUACUUGAUAAUUAUUUUUGUUUAAUAAGUGGCAAUUACAUCGAGAAAUUGAAUUAUGUUUGCAUACAUAAGUAUACAAACAUAAUUCAUAAUAAAAAUAAUAAAUUUUCACAAUC